CCUGGCAACGAGUUCAUGCUUGACCUAUCUGGUAGGUACACAGUUGAUUUGCCCCUUACACUUUUUUGUUUUUGUCAACUGCGAGUAUACCCAGCAACCACUAUUAACACAAGCAAAAUCAAAGAUGACGACAUCGGCGGUGACAACCACUCCGUGGCCUCCUUUAGCGACGAUGCUGCUCUGGACGAGGAUAUUGGUGUCGCGCACUACGAUGAGAUCCAUCUGUCCGACCCUAUGACUUUCGAUGAGGACUUGAAUUUCCAGGACUUGGGCGACUACGUCCGCGACAGCUCCCCCGUGCGUCUCCAAGGCUACGACGACUACAUCGGCGCCAACGCCGCCAACGACGAUCUCUACGCCGACGAUGGUGCUCGCAGCGCAAAGCGGUCCAAAACCACCCUCGCCGUUCGCUCCAAGAACACUCAGCCCGCGCACUACCGCCACACCACUCUCGCGGCUGAGCGCUCCGCGCAGCGCGUCACCGCCGAUGACUCCGUCAACUACCAUAUCGAAGACGAUGUAGGUAUCGCGUACACCGGUCCAUCGCGGCUCGCGGGUACGUUCGGUAAAAUCAAUCGCGAGAAGGGCAGCACGUUGCCGGCGUACCACAAGAAGGUGUCGCAUGAGCUUGACUCAGACGACGAGCUGAUGAUGGUGAUGCGAGAGAAGGGAUUCUCCGACAAGCAGAUCGCUGAUCGCCUGCUCAAGGCCAAGCGCGUCAAGUACGACUCAAAGAGCGUAUCCACCCGCAUCCAGCGCAUCAAAGUCGUGCAGGCACAGCGCGCAGACUUCGAGCUUGAGAACGGCAUCAUCGAGUGGAAGAUGGAAGAUGACCACCUCCUCCUCCGCGCCUACGACAUUGCGUCGAUUGAAAUCGCCUACGAGAUCGAGCGCCUCCGCGCCUGGCGCUUCAAGAAGACCGCAGAGUGGAUGCGCCGUAUGAACAAGACCUCGCUCUUCAGCGGCAAAGCCUGCCAUGCGCGCUAUGCCGCCCUGCUCGAUGGCACCGCCACCAUCCCCUGCGACGUCGACGACGACCCAGCCGCCCGCCACACCGCGAUGGCCGCUUUCCGUGCCGAGAAAGAAGCAGAGCGCGACGCCGAGCGCGAAGCUCAAGAGGCAGCCGCUGCGGAACAGGAGCGCAUCAAGCUCGAGGCCGCGGAGCGCCAGGCCGCCCUCAACCUCGAGAAAGCAAAGAAGCAAGCCGCAAAGAAGAAAGCCUCCAACGCGCGGGCGACGCAGCAGGCGACCAAGAAGGCGCUCGAGGCGCGCCAGGCGGAGGAGUACCUGCGCAAGAAAGAAGCCGCCGCCCAGGAGAAGGCGAAGAAGAAGGCGGACGCGGAGAAGAACUUCAAGCUGCGCCAGGACUUUGCGCUGCGCCACUUCCGCAACGUGACGGAGGAGACGCCGGACCCGCGGCGCGUGCUCAGCAUCGCGGACCUGCGCAUGCUCUGCCGCGCGCGCAAGAUGAACGAUUAUGUCGGCAGGAAGGAGGGCGAUGCGAAGGCGGUGCUGCUGAAGCGGUUGCAGGACGCGGAUGAGGCGCUGCGGGCGACGAAGCUGCGGGAGAUGGUGCGGGAGAAGGGGAUUCCCAGCGGUGGCAACAAAGUGCAGAUGCUGUACCAACUUGCGCUUUUUGCGGCGCGGGAGUGCGAUAGUUAUGUGGCGAAUAGGGAGGGCGAGGAGGUAGAUGGUGGGGAUGAGAGUGAGGGGAUGGAGGUGGAUGGUAUGGUGUAGAGGGGGCAUGUCUGGACGGAGGUUGCUGCUAGGUGUGGACGAUGGGUGUGAUCUGACUAUCUUUCGGGCUUGCAAUCGACACGAUUGCUGAUUGCUUGCGGCCCGGUCGUCUUCUACCGACCGUUCUGCCUUCCGCUGGCGACACUUGAAAUCCCAGCCUGAUCAUCUUCUUAUCGAUGCAUUGGAAUGACAAAAGUUCGGCGCUAUGGCGUAUAAAUAGCUUAACGAAUAGGUCACGGAGGAUUACAUGAACAGGAUGAACAGGACAUUGCUUAGUGGGUACCGCAUUCAAAUGCUUCAAAUAGCAGAUUAGGCGUUGCAUAACAUCACUAUAGUGUGUGUGUG